CUUCAGACCAACUAAGCAUCCCAACAUCAUUCUUACAAUGGCCCCGAAUCUAAAAUCAAUCGUCUCCAGAAAUAUCCGCGAUCAUACCACAAGAACAGUCAUCAAAAAAGUCCUAGAAGAAAAGGAUGGAAAUUCUUUGGCGCAAUCACCAGAAACUGCGGCUAUGGUCCGCGAUUGGGAGAGUCUCAGUCAGAAAAGGGGAAAGCAGAGUCUGGAGAAUCAUGACAGAGUUAUUCAAGAGAAGAAGCCAGAUGUUGAUGGCAUGACGGAUGAGGAGCUCAGUCGUAUCAGCGUUCAUAUUUCUUCCGUUGAAGAAGAAUCUGGAGAACAUUCGGAUGAGAAGACGAAAGAAGAAGAGACGGCCAAGUUUGAUGAGUACAAGCAUCAUCAGUUUGUACGUCGAUGGGGCUUAUUACAAGACUCGGAUGGUCGCGAUGAAGAGUGGUUUAUCCUGGAUCCGCCUGUUCUUGAAGAAACAGAUCCCCAGUAUCUGUGCGAUAUGUGUCGGCAUAUUGACUUCAAAGUUCUACUAUCACAACGGGGCUUGCCGGGAAAUCAGCUACCAGGACAGUCCCGCAUUUCUGUGUAUGGCAUCCCUAAGGUCAUGGAUGACCGCAGUCCCUGCGCAUUUUGCAGACUGAUUCGCAAGAGGGCUAUUCACGAUGGAAUACUCACGGAUGUUCAUCCCGAUAAUUGGCCAGGGAUGCAAUUGAGUAUCAGCACUUUGGAUGAUGGACCGGGGUUUCCUCUAAGGCUCGAAGUCGAAUUCUCAGACCUGGAUCGUUCAAAAGUUUCAAGAUUGGUGAUUCAUCCAAUCGAGCAAGAGGAAAGUCAAUCGAAGCCUCUUCAAGGCCUCGUGGUUCGAAAGGAUUCUGCUGAUAUAUCUCGCCUUCGAGGGUGGCUUCAUACUUGCAAGGAGAGCCAUAAAGCAUCAGAAGCUGACUCUACUGGAUAUCUCAAGCCUCUCAUGGAUACCCUACGAGUCAUUGACACGACCGAUAACUGUGUGAAGGAAGUUGACACGCCAUGCGAUUAUAUCUGUCUUUCUUAUGUUUGGGGAACCGGCAGCCAGACACAAUACACUACCAAAACGAAGGACCAACUUAGCAAACCUGGAGGGCUUGAGGACGCCGAACUUCCGCAAACGAUUCUUGAUGCAAUCAAGGUUACAAAAGAGCUCGGUAUCCGUUAUAUCUGGAUUGACGCUCUUUGCAUCACGCAAGAUGACAAGGAAGACAAAGCUAGGAUCAUCUCCAACAUGGGAACCAUAUACGCCAACGCCAUGCUAUCUAUAAUGGCUUCUUCCAACGUCGACCCAACCGACGGAUUGCCAGGGGUUGGUGUCCCGCGAUCACAGGAACAGAGCAUAGAGAAACUGCAGGGGACCACACUAGCCGUUGCAUUCCAAGAUGCCAGGCAGAGGCACUCUGAUAUUGAAGAUCGACUAUGGAACACCAGAGCUUGGACUUUCCAAGAACGAGUGCUCUCACAACGAUCUGUUUAUUUCACAGAUUCGCAGAUGUGCUUUGUCUGCCCUCACUUAGCCUGCUUCGAGGACACCGUUCCUGUCUUGGACCCCAAUUCAUACACGAUCACGCCUUUUAACGACCAGCUACAACUAACAUCUCGAAUUCAUGAUCUAUGGGUCCGUAUAUGGUCUGAUCCAACUCAGGCCACGUACAUCAACAAAGCCUUCGCAACAGAAGAUGACAUGACGAUCUUUAUUGGCGAGGAUCCUGCCACUGGCGAAGCUUCAGAGGAUGGUGCCCCAUUAUACAAAUCCAAAGCCAUCCCAAGCUCAGACACAGUAGAUGCACCUCUUAUCAAGGGGCAUACGCUCUGGGAGGCGUACGCUCACGCUGUUGAUGCAUAUACCAAGAGAAACAUGACGUGGCAGUCAGACGCCGUGAAUGCCUUUAUUGGUAUUGCGGACCUCAUUCGCCGUGGGACAAAUACCAAGUUUUGGCACGCCAUGCCCGAGUUUGCUCUCACGCGAUCUCUCUUAUGGUACCCCAAAGAACCCCUUUCUCGAAGACGAUCACCAGAUGGAAAGAUCUUGUUUCCCAGUUGGUCGUGGGCAGCUUGGCAAGGUCACGUCACAUAUCGUGGCAGAGGUUUCCAUAACGCCGUUUGUUAUGCCCCAACGAGCAUGAUCACGUGGCUCAAAUCGGCUACAGUUGAAGAGUUCAUGGAAACGUUUGUACAAGUGGAGAGAUCGCAGGAAGAAAUCGAAGAACGAAGACGACAGGCCGAGAGUUCACGCCUCUUGUUGCACAAGACUGAUGUUUGGUCGCUGUUGCAUGUCGACUGCUAUGAGCAUGGGUGGGUGGUUGAGCGCAAUGAGGAUCGGAACCAGCAUCUCUUCGUACAUGAUGCGUACCCUGGCAUGAAAUUUGAGUAUCCGAUUAAUCUUCCUGAUCAGCCUAUUGUGGAGUUGCCCUUUGAAGAUACUUUGUACUUUCGCGCAAAGGCCGUAUCAGUACGGUUGUGUGACAAGCCAUCUGAGUCGUAUUUGGCUUCGCCUAUACAGGACAACUUCGUCCAAAUAGGAGUCAAUGAUGAAGAUAGGUCCGCCAACAACCGUAGACCUUGGCAGCGUAUCCUCUACCAUCAAGGUUACCGUGCUGGAAGUCUAAGUCUCAACGUUCCGCUCGAUUAUCUCAACAUCCCCUCAACAACCGAAGAAGCCCAAAUCUCGCCCCCUCUCUUACAUCGCACCUCCCCCAUUGGCUGGGAAAUGUACUGGGAUGGUGAUCCAAUGCGAAUGCAGUAUGAAAUUCUUCAAGAAGAGUGGCUACAGCGCAGCCGCUUGCCUGAGGGACCUGAUGAGAGCGUCAAGCCAAAUGAUGAGAAGGUUAAUGAGACAGGGGAUCCGCGAUGGGAUCCAGGUCGCUUUGGAAGCACCAGUGUUCUGGAUGUUUGUAAUGUGCUGUUGCUUAGGGAGGCGAGGGACGGGGUGUCUGAGAGAGUUGGCGUAGGGAAGAUCAGUUAUUGUGCGUUCUUUGCUGCGAAGCCUGAGCCCGAUGUAUUCUACUUGAAAUAAGUUGGUCUCACGUAUCAAGGUCAUUACAAGACUUGGGAAAGUUCGACAUUUGGGGAUAUAUUUAUGCUGUUUACCCUAAUCCAUCCUUCAAAAUCACAAAUUUCAGCAAAAGGGUGGCAGGCUUUUAUUGUCUCG